AUGGAUGGCAAUUUCCUUGAUUUGCAAUUAAAAUUGCCGACUAAGCGAUUUUGUGGUUUUUCAAAAGGAUGGUUAAUAGCUAUGAACCUUAAUUUGGUAAUAACCUUAAUAAAUCCCUUUUUAAGGGUUAAAGGGAGGAAAAAGAGAGACGAUUCUAUCAUUGAUCUUCCUCCACUAGAUGGUAAAGGUGGUUUUAAACCAGUGAUUGCCGAAUUUGUCAUUAAGGCUACAAUCUCAGCCGACCCAAUAUUGGAUGCCAACAAUUGCAUUGUUGUUGUCAUAUACGAGGGAAGAGGUCAAUUGGCUUUCAUUAGACUCAAUAAAGACACAACAUGGACUUACAUUGAUGAAAGUUUGUGCUUUAUUGAAGAUGUUGUUCAUUUUAAAGAUAAGUUUUAUGUUGUUAAACAAGGGGGUGGACUUUUUUCUUCUGAUAUUACUACUCAGCCAAUCUCCAAUAAACAAUUGGUUGCAGAGGGCAUGAAAUCCGAUCCGUUAGAGAAGACAUACCUUGUGGUUUUAAAUGAUAAAGAAUUGUGGAUGGUCCAAAGGUAUAUUAAAUUUGAAGACGGCAGUCGUGUGACGACGAAAUUUAGAAUAUUCGAAUUGAAUUUUGACAAGUACAAGUGGGUUGACAAAAAAACCAUAGGUUAUUUUGCUAUCUUUUUGGGUGAUAACUAUUCAAUAUCUGUCUUGGCUUCAAAUGUUUCAGGAUGCCAGCCGAAUUGUAUAUAUUUCAAUUGUGAUUAUGAUCGUUACGUAGGUUAUAGCAAAAACGGUUUGUGCCAUGAUUUUGGUGUGUAUAAUGUUGAGAGUCAAAGAUUUUCAAAGCCUUAUACCCCAGAUGCUAAGGCUCUUAUAGAGAAGACCAAGCAACCUCCAUAUUGGGUGUUGCAAACUUUUCAGUUGUAA